GGCCUCCCUCAGUUUCAUAAAAAUGCACCCCUUUAAUUUCGCAUAAAAAGCAUCUACACCGGCCUCAAAUAAAGUGAAAGAGGCAUUAAACUACCCAGCUGGCUGUUGCUGCCUCCCGCCGUUGCUGCACAUGUCAGAUCCUCCCUCUCUAUCCACACAGAGUCCGCCCUCCUCACCUCUCCUCAGCUUCUGUCCGGAGUCCAGCGCAUCUUGCAGCAGACCUGAGGAGGAGGUAAACAUUUUUUGCUCUUUCACCUUGUUGUCUUUUUUUUGAAACCGACACAUUUGGAUGGGAGACAAGCCAGCAGGUGCCCUGUAAGCGACAGACCCAGCUGGCGGUUGUUCGCUGCUGCCGAGCGUUUGCCACACCUGCCCACUGAGGAAGUUAGAGGAGGAACCAUGAUUGACCUGAGCCACCUGACGGAGGAGGAGCAGGGGGUGAUAAUGACAGUGCUGAGGAGGGACGCGGAGCUGAAGAAGGCUGAGGAGGAGAGAAUCAGCAAACUGGAGAAAAUACUGAACAGUGACUCACAGUCAGACACCAAGCGGAAGUACCUGACCGGAGAGUGGUUUUAUGAGGCCAAGUCUCGCAGACACAUGGACAGGAUCCACGGCUCGGAAAUCAUCCUGGCCUCCAUGAAACCGAGAAAAGCUGGUUUAGACGGGUCUCUUAGAAUUGAAAGAUCCAAGGCGCCCAGUAGUCGAGGUUCAGACAUCGUUGCUCCUCCAAAACCUGCCAGAUGUUUGGAAUCACUGCAACCACAGGAGAUCAAUGAUGCGGAAAAAGAGAAUCUAAAUUCAUUUACCCGCUCUCCAAGAAUGCCAAGGCACAACCCUUUCAACCGUGCUUCCCUUAUUGUUGUUGAGCCACCUGAAAAUAAUAAUGACAUGUCAACCGGUCGGGAUCAGGAGUCAUCUGAGAUAGAUCCCAUAUCGCCAUUGAAGAGCCAUCCAGCAGGAGAGGCCAGUCGGACUUCAGGGGGCUCCGUCACAUCAGAGGGUUCCUCUGUAGGUUUCAGACCAGUGCCAAAGAAGAGGACAUUUCUCUCAAGACGUACCUCCAGUCAGUCAGAAAGCAAUAGCCUGGGGUCAGACACUCAGGUGGGGUCAGCGGGGGUCUUUCCUGCCCCAAGACGGAGCCUCCAGCAAGGGUCCAGUGGGAGCUCUAACCAGUCCAGCCUGAAGGGCCAAGAUGAAAAACCUCAGAAAUGUUUAGUAUCCAAACAAGUAGCUGUGUCUGCUCCACCAUCCACAUCUCUUGAUGAAAACUCCCAGCAGCCACUUGGGGGUAUAUUCCAGGUUUUGUCUAAUUUCAGUGUGGAGCGAGAAAAAACCCCACCUUCUAUAACAAAAGACAGGUCAGUGGACAGUUCUUCCAAUGGCUCUCACAAAAACAUUGUAACUAAACUCUCAAAUCCUUCCGCUGCAACCCACAACCGGUACAAUUAUAGACCAGCCAUGUACACCAGGAGUGAUGCAUCCACUGAAAGAGAAAUCCCACAGAGGAGUGAUGAACGAGAUGAUCAGACACAAAGACAACAUGCAGCGCUGAACUCUGUCAUCCUGCAUACCAGCAGCAUUCAGGAUUCAGACAGUGGGGGAAAUGCAAUGAAGCAGGAAGAGCUGAGUUUGACCCAAAGUACUGUGGAUCCAGAUCCAGAUCCCCCGGUAUCUUAUGACCUCAACUUCAUUGAUAAGUCUGAUCAGAAAACCCAGAAGAAAUCAAAUCAGAAAGAUGUGUUCAAAUUAUCCACUCAGACCACCAGUCCCACUGGUGAUGAGGACUCCAUCGCGAAGGUGUUGGACUGGUUCAGCCGCAGUACAGACAGCAGUGAUUGGCUAAACACAGAGGACAGUCCAGAGGCCGCAAAGAGCUCUGACAAACAUGUAGAAAUCAGCAAAUUAAGAGAUGAAGAUUCAUCAAGAAAAGAUUCUAGGGAUAGUGUAAGUGAUGGAAAGAAGGAAUCUCUUGAAAUGAAGAGAAAUCACGUUCAAAGACAGACCAAUGUGGCUAAAGAGUUAAGAGCAACAGACAGCAUAAGCAACAAGGAACUGCCCAAAACACAAGAAGAGGUGAACAGGGAUGCCAGAGAGAGAAUGCGGCCACAGGAAGUUAAAGAUAAUAACGAUGAAAGCCAACCGCCCCAAAUAUCUCAUCUGAAGUCAUUCUGGGAGAAAAGUAACACAGGCCCUAAAAUACUUAUCAGCAAAUCAAUCACACCCAGCGACAAAGGACAAAAACCUCACCUAUCAGCGGACAAAGACGAGGAGAAAGUAAUCAAACCCCACAGAGUGUCUGAUAUGCCCUCUGUGGCUGGAAUACACAAUGGGAAGGGGAUUUAUGAUGAGUAUGCCUCAAAUCAUGGGGAUGAAAGAAAACAACAGCUGGAAAUCAGUCCACAGAAAGACACUGGAGACAAUGUUUGUUUAAAUAAUUACCAGAAGGUAGACCGUCUGGUGAUGAAUUCUUCAACUCAAAGGAACAAUACUGACCCAACAUACAACUCAGGUAUUUUAAAGUUAGCAGCAAGUCCCCAAGACAAAGGAGGUUCAGACACUGAGAUUUUAUGUCCACAGUCAAGGACACCCAACCAGAGACCAGAGUCUGAAAGCGCCUACUUAGUCAAACCAAAUCCACAGCCUGACAGUAUUUCCCCAUCUAAAGAAACCCAACUGCAAGACGAGUUGUCCAAGCUGCUGGAUACAGAUCUCCAAGCAAUGGACAGUUCAGACUCUGAGAAGCUCUAUUUGUCCAGAAAUAGCCCAUAUAUGAACUACAAGCAAGGUGGGAAUGAUAUGCAAAUCACCCCCAAAGCACAACUGCGUAGAGGUUCAAGUGAAGAUAUAAAGAGGAGGGACAAUGAGGAUAAAAUUGUGCAAUCAAGCAUGUCUCCAAAACGAAAGGAGGAUACAUCUAAUAAAGACAGAAGUAACAGUCCUCACUCAAACAGACAUCAAGAAAGUACUGCAGAGAGGAUUAAGCAGCUCAGAUCUUUCUGGGAGCAGGAGAAGAACAAACCCAUGUUUUACACGGGAAAACCUAAAGCUAGUGGGGAUGGAAAAGUUGCUCGUGGUGCAAAUCAAGGAAAACUGAAUAAAAGAUUUACAAAGUCGGAGUAUGACCUGACGUCUAUUGGAAACAAUUCAGGCAGCGAGGAGGAAGAGUCUGAGAGAAAUCAUCAGCAUUUCACUGUUCUUCCUUUGAAUCAGAGGAUAGAAAAGUUAUCCCCUAGCCUGGGCACGAGCCGUACACAAUUUAACACUCUGCGUGAGUUCUGGGAUGAGGCCACGUCAGAUACAAAGGGGUUAUUUUCCUUUGACAAACCCAAAAGCCCCAAAAGGAAAGAGCCAUUAAGUUCCCAGCUUCCAUCUCACGAGUUAAAGUGCAGUGACCCAGAGAUUCAUCGUGUAAAUAUUGCUUUUGAGAAGACAAGACCAGCUGUGAUGAAAUCAUCUCCACCUCCUCAGAAGCAAUCAAAGUCGCCUCAUGAUAGACAGAUGGGGUCACGAGCAGCGUAUGACAGCAAAAACAACCUGUGUAAUUACAUGACAGCUGAGACGGGCCAGCAGAGAGAGCCCAGAAGGAACUCAAAAGACUCUAAUAGAGAGGGGAUAUCCACAAAACCACAGAACAGUUCAGUGACUCGUUCUCCUAAGAAUCGAAAAGACAGCUUUAGCAAUUCGAGCAGUCGAGGAAAUUCUAUGCGUCGUGCCACCAGCAUGUUCGCUCUGAGUGUUCCUGAUGAAAAAGAUCAAAGCCAGCUUAAAAUAGAUGUAAGCCCUGUCCACUCCCAGAGCCGAAAGCAGAGGCAGAGCCCCGAAAAAGGCGCCUUGCCGAGAAGAUCAUCAGAGGAAUCUGAGACCCUGACUCCACGUGCACGGGCAUAUGUUCCCAGAGACUAUCGGCAUUACCUGGGCAUGACAGAUAAGACCAACGUCCACACCUCCCUCACCCCGGCUCUGAAGAACGAGAGGUCAGAGGACAAGUCUAGGUAUGGAUUUGAUCUUGCUGCGCCUGUGAGGUCCAGCACUCCAGUUAGCUCAGAGGAGCGUCACAGCAGGAAGGGUAGCAAGACGAGUCAGCGCCCCCCAUGGGCAAACCACAGCGGUUCAGACACCGGUCCGGAGUCAUCUGUGAGCAGCACGUCGGAAACCUGGUCCAGCUUGAGGAACGGUUCAAACUGUGAGAAUGAUGAUGAGGGCCAUAACCCUGUAAGGAAAGCAUUGAGGAGAGCAGAAGCACGGCCUAAAAAUCUGGCUAAAAGUAUGGAGGACAUCACAGUGUCCCUGUCACCACGACAAGAAAGAAGGCAAGACGCGACUGCUGACAUGAGACGCGUUAGUGAUGUUUCAUCCAUCCCGUCACCCUCCUCCUCCUUAUUUUCGGAUCCGGAGCACCUGAAGAAGAUGAGCAAAUCCGUUCCUUCGUUCUUACAGAAGGAGGACGUCGACAGAGACUCUGACUCCAAUUGCGAGGACAGUUACCACAGAGGAAGGCUAAUGGCCAACUCUUUGACUAACCUCACCAGCUCCUCUGGCAUGGCGUCUGUGUCGUCUCUGAGUGGAAGUGUGAUGACCAUGUACAGCGGGGAAUUUGGGAAUGUGGAGGUACAGGGAAACAUCCAUUUCUCCAUCAACUACAUUCAGAGACUCAAAGAGUUUCACAUCUUUGUUGCUGAGUGUCAAGACUUGGCUGCAGUGGACCCAAAGAGGGGCCGCUCAGAUCCGUAUGUCAAAAGCUACCUGGUUCCUGACAAAGCUCAUCUCGGAAAGAGGAAAACAUCUGUUAAAAAGAAGACACUAAAUCCAACUUUCAAGGAAAUCCUCAGAUAUCGUGUUCGCAUGGACUACCUCCGAACCCAGACGCUCAUUCUGUCCGUUUGGCAUAACGACACCUUUGGCAGGAACAGUUUCUUGGGAGAGGUAGAUAUGGACCUCUCCAAGUGGGACUUUGACCACACCCAGAUGAACUACUUACCUCUGAAAGCAAGGACUAUGCCCACUCUAGCCCCUUCAAAUGGUCGUGGAGAGAUGAGACUAGCCAUACGUUUCCUGCCACAGAUCAUCCACAGUGAAGGAUUGGCUAAGGAGAGUCCAAACACCGGAGAGGUUCACAUUUGGGUGAAAGAAUGCAAGAACCUGCCUCUAAUCAGGGCCACCAUUGACCCAUAUGUUAAGUGCUUUGUGCUGCCAGACACAAGCAGGAAGAGUCGCCAGAAGACACGUGUGCUGCGGAGGACAGUAGACCCAGUGUUUAACCACACGAUGGUGUACGAUGGCAUCCAAGAGGCUGAUCUAGCAGAAGCCUGCGUGGAGCUCACUGUCUGGGACCGAGACAGGCUAGCCAGCAACCUGCUGGGGGGCCUGAGGCUUGGAGCUGGAACAGGCAGAAGUUAUGGAGCAGCGGUGGACUGGAUGGACUCAACUCCUUAUGAGGUGGCCCUUUGGGAGCGCAUGAAGGCCACCCCGAAUGAAUGGGUGGAGGAUGUACUCCCAAUAAGAAUGCUGAGCUCUGCCAAAACUGCCUUCAAAUAAGUAAAAGUAUACCACACUGUCAUACUGCAAAUACAGUAUAUUUUGAGAGGUAAAAACACACAUUGAAUUUACUGUUUUAAAAGAUCCAGUGCAUUGUGGUAUUAUGAACACUCUAGGGUCUAUGUUGAAACUUCACAGGUACACAAAGAAAAGAGGAAAUAAUGUUGGAAAAACACCACUGGAGAGUGAGUUGUGUAUUAAUUCAGAAACUGGCACAACUCUGAGGUUUUAUUCAGGAAGGAAAGAAGAAAUACACCUGCUGGUAUACAGUAUGUGUUGGCUAUUGCCUUUGUAGGGUGUUCAAACAAUAAUGUCACUGGACAAAAGCAGCACACAGGGAAAUGUCAUCAAGACACACAUUCAUCGAUCACACUACAAUAAACCCUCGACUUAAACAUAACAAAGCUAACAAAAUACAAAAAAACAGGCUGAUGAUAAUAAGUAUAGUGAGAACAGGGGAGUCCCUCUACAUUCACAAAAAAAACUGCAGCAUCGUUUACACUGUGGAAUUCCUAAGGGGAAAAAAACGUUUCUUCAGACUCUUCCAGAUCUGCAAAAUGACUUCUCCCUUCCCUAUUAGUUAAAAGUGUCACUUUGGAGACUUGCCAAACAAAACAAGAACUUCUCACCCCUGAGGAAGAAUGUCUUGCCAAGCUAAUGGAGCCACGGCAACAUUUUUAGACAAUAAAAUUACUCUUUUUAUUUGAGCCGGGAUUAAGUCAAAGAAGAGAAUAUACAGACCUCCUCUUCUCCUGCCCUACUUAUCAGUCAAACACACACACAUGCAAACACAAACAUCCUCUCUGUCUUUCUUCUCACACCCAGAUGAGAUCUGAGAUAAGGGCUGCCAGUCAUCUAUCACAAAAGUUGAAAAGGGACAUUCCUAAGUGGAUAAACUGUUACAUUCUUCCUUUUCAGCCAGUAUAAAUUAAUUGAGUUGGCUAUCUAAACAUUCAGUAAUCCAGCUACCAUUCCUCAGCACAUUUUCUUGACGAAUAGCCCAACUCUGAUUGUUGUACUUGGACAAAUUAGUGAAAUAUUAAUUCAAAGCUAACCUCUUAUUUACCAUGUGACAACAUUGCCACAUCUACUUAACAACAGGACAGAAUAGCUAUAAAUACCGUCAUGGUAAAUCUGGGCAAUAUUGUAGCUAUUGUACUGUGUUAUGUAAAAAAAACUGUGUUGUUUAACCUUAUGCCACCUAUUUAUAAUGUUGGAAAUUAUGUUUUGAUAUUAAAUAGUAUUAGGAAUCAUCUCAACAGCAUUUGUCAGGAAUGGCAUGUCAAUGAUUGAAUGAUCUGCUAAAAUAGUUCUUGGUUAAAUCAUGUUUCCUUGAAUAUUCUAUAAUAAUAAUUUAAUAGUACAAUGCUUUAUUUGAGCCUUUGUAGGUAAAGAAAAAAAUCACAGAUUAAAGUCAUACAUUUAUUUACAAGAAAGAAACUUCCUUUCCUCUGAGAUUAAAGUGGUAAAUGUACAAGUACAAACUCACAAAUGUGCAGUAUUGUAAAGUCAUUAAUUUGCCAGAAAUUUAAAUUAGUGUAUUAGGGCUGUUGUUAGUAAAAAAAAAUUAAAUAUAAAUAAAUUAUGGGGCUGGGUGAGAGGAGUACACAGAAAAUUGAGAAGAGUACUACUCUGGAUUAGUAGUUAGUGUCAAAACCAAGCGUAAAAACAAAGUGUCACUAAAUCAAACCUUUAAGUGUAAUUGUAUAAAUAUUACUCUGUUCCUGGCUUUUACAGUUGAAGUGUUCAUGUCAUCCCGCCCCCAC